AAUACUUGCAGCCAGUGUAGACAGGCGGCAAGAUUUUGCGCAGAAUCUUGCCAGUGUAGACACAGCCUAAACUUAACCAGUUAACUGGGAUCCUAUGGGCGAGAGGCCCAACUGGUCACAGGAAGGCUGCUCCACCCUCGUCUGCCAUGCUGCGCUGCGGGGCGUUGCUCCCAUGCAGCCAAGUCCGCUGCCCUGUGGACUGCUUUGGCCAGCCUGGGUUGAGCCUGCCACGCUGUAGGGAGGGGCUGCUCUGGCUGGGCCUCACCAGAAUGCGCUGUAGGCAGGGGGCUGCUUCAGCCUGGCCAGGCUCAUAGGGCUGUGGGCCUGGCCAGGCUGGAAUACCCCCUACUCAGACUGCUAGUUAACAGCUUACCUGGUAUGUGUACCCUACAGUGCCGUUGUGUUCCCCAAAUAGCUGCAGUGCAGAUGCUUCCUGUCAAUGGAAGGAGUUUUUCAGUGGAUACAGCACAGGUCCAGCUGCAGUAACACUGUGUUUCACUGUGUGACUACUGGUCCAAUACGCCAAUGCUAGAUCUGGAAGUGGUUCCCGAGCGAUCUCUUGGGAAUGAACAAUGGGAAUUCAACUUGGGUAAGAUUAUGUUAUGUAUUUAUUUAACGGUAGCAAUUCUUCAGAAACACUGUCGUAUUAUCAAAAAUGUCCAGGUUCUCUACAGUGAGCAGUCUCCUCUUAGCCAUGACCUCAUCCUUAACUUGACUCAGGACGGAAUCAAACUGCUGUUUGAUGCUUUCAAUCAGAGACUUAAGGUGAUUGAAGUUUAUGACUUGACUAAAGUGAAGUUAAAAUAUUGCGGUGUCCAUUUUAACUCUCAGGCAAUUGCUCCAACCAUAGAACAGAUUGAUCAAUCAUUUGGAGCAACACAUCCAGGAGUUUACAACUCAGCUGAACAACUCUUUCACCUCAAUUUCAGAGGAUUGUCUUUUUCUUUUCAAUUGGAUUCAUGGGCUGAAACUCCAAAAUAUGAGCCUAACUUUGCUCAUGGCUUAGCUUCUCUGCAAAUUCCCCAUGGUGCAACUGUGAAACGUAUGUACAUCUACAAUGGAAACAGCCUGCAGGAUACCAAGGCUCCCCUCAUGCCCCUCAGCUGUUUCCUUGGUAAUGUGUAUGCAGAGAACAUUGAUGUUCUGAGAGAUGGAACUGGACCCUCAGGUUUACGGCUCCGCUUACUCACUGCAGGCUGUGGCCCAGGUGUAUUAGCUGAUGCCAAGAUGCGGGUAUUUGAGCGCUAUGUGUACUUUGGUGAUUCGUGCCAAGAUGUUCUGAGCACUUUGGGGUCUCCACACAAAGUCUUCUACAAGUCAGAAGACAAGAUGAAAAUUCAUUCACCCUCCCCACAUAAGCAGGUUCCAUCAAAGUGCAAUGACUACUUUUUUAAUUAUUUCACGCUUGGAGUGGAUAUUCUUUUUGAUGCAAAUACUCACAAGGUGAAGAAAUUUGUCCUGCAUACUAAUUAUCCUGGUCAUUACAACUUUAACAUAUACCAUCGUUGUGAUUUCAAGAUUCCAUUAGCCAUUAAGCGAGAUAGUGCGGAUUCACUGACUGAAACAUGCACAACGUACAGCAAGUGGGACAGUAUUCAGGAUCUUCUGGGACAUCCUGUGGAAAAGCCAGUGGUACUUCACAGGUCUUCCUCUCCGAACAAUACUAACCCAUUUGGAUCAACGUUUUGUUUUGGGCUGCAGCGAAUGAUCUUUGAGGUGAUGCAGAAUAAUCACAUAGCAUCUGUUACAUUGUAUGGCCCAGCAAGGCCCUGCAGCCAGUUGAGAACAUCGGAUCUUUCACAGUGAAGCAUCACCUUCAAAGUCAGCUAAUCUAAAUGCUACAAAACUCAUACAGUGUGCCUUGAUUUGCUGCCACUUAUAUGGAAAGCAUGGUAUGAUUUUUUCAAAAUACAAUUCCUCCCAUCCAUGAGUGGCACAGAGGAGAAACUCUCACAACCCUUCAUCAUGAGGCAUGGAGCUAGUGAUGGAGGAAAAUGGCUAGGUAUCUGUGUCUUCAUUUUACUCCUCUCAAUUGGCCGUCUGUGCAGCACAGAUCUGAAGAGACUCUUUCCUUCCUGAACUGGCGGAAGAGGCAUUAAUGACUGCAAGAAUGAAGCACAAACUUUUUGAGCCUUGGAGUAUCUGGAAGCAGGUAUCGAUAGUAGUUUGUUUUUGUGUUGGUCAAACUGAAUUGAUAUGGUAGUCCUAUUUUAAGACACCAACUAUAUAUAUACAUACCUUUUAUUUAUGCAUACAUACACACACACGCACAAAUCUAAACACAUUGAUAUUUCUGUGGAUUAGGACAUUGUACCAAGUGUGGUAAGGGUGUAUAUAUGUACAUGAUUUCAGGCACCACAUCUUUGUGUAACUUCAGAACAAGCAAAUAGCAUGUGCAUAAUACUUGAUUGUGUAACAUUUGCACUACAUACACUUUAAUUACUUGAUAAACAUGAUCUUCACUGAAGAGCAUCUGUGUACGGGGUGUAAUGGUUAUUUAAUGUAAGCUGUGCAUUAAGCUUAUUUAUGUGGUGGAUUGAAUAGUUCACCUUCCUGCACUAAUAUUUACUUGACAUGCUGAAGCAAUUUUUUUUUCUGCCAGGCCUUGUUUAAUAACUGUACGCAGUUUAAAAAAAAAGUCUUGAAGAGAUGAUUUGUAUAACUGAAAGAUGCUUUUCUUUGAUAACAUUUUUCUUCAUACUUAAAAAAUGAAAAAAAUACAUCCCAUAAAGGAAAAUUCAGUUGCCUCAUCUGCAAAUGUAUUGUAAUAUGUUGAUUCCAACCUCCUACUUAUUCCCUGUUUCCCAUAGAAAAGAAAAGAAAACAUGUAGUGAA